GACCUGUGGCAGGUGGUGAGAAGCAGGGGAACCGGGAGGAGGUGUGUGCAUGAGGCAGGGUUAGAGGGGAGAUGUUUGGGUGGGUGUGUAUGGGGAUGGCGGUAGGGAGGCGCGCCCCUCUUGUCUAGUCUGUCAGUGUGCCAGGUCUACAUUCCCACUGCACCGGCCGGUGAAAAGGGCUGUAAAUAUAUAAACCGGCCUGGCAGGAUUAGAGCCUGCUGGGAGUGAUCAGGGGGGAUUUCCACCCCGCCGGGCACACAAUGGCACCGCCACAUAACAUAAACACGCAUACACACACACACACAAUGGCACCGUGGCACAACAGACCUGAGCCUCCAUAGAUUUGAUGCAUACUGUCUUUUGUUUGGGAAGAGGUGGUUCGUCUAGCCACGGGCUGUGUGUACGAUGCAGGGGGCACGGCGUGGUGGCAGGGGAGGGGUGGUGUGGUCCUGAUUGGAUGUGUGUGUGUGCUGGAGAGUCAGCUGAGCGCCGAUAGAGACCAAGGGAUGGGAUCUCCGCUCACAUAAAACAACAACCGUCAACGGCCGAUCCAGUCCAGUUUGAACCUGUCACAGCAGACUGAGAAGCAGACUGAGAAGUGACAACUGCAGUAAUUUCACAGACCACAACCCUCUCUCUCAGCUAAAAGGCACUAACACACUCUAACGGACGACAGCUCUACUGUUGGCCAAGCAGACAUUCUCUCUGUAUGAAUUGGCAGUCCCACACUCUACUGUACCUGACUCACUUAACCUGAGAGAAUGAAAGACUGUCUGCAACCACCAACCAUCAUUUACGAGUAUCCAUCCAUCCUGUCACCGUGGUGACCCCCUUUCUCUCUCUCUUUCUCUUUCUCAGUGUGCCGGCUCUGGCCCUGGCUACAGCCAUGCCUCUUCUGGAAGAGACCACUGUGCCUCGAGAGCAUCCCCCCACACUGCCUGUGGUCAUCAUAGGUAACGGGCCAUCAGGUAUCUGCCUGUCCUACCUGCUGAGUGGCUACAAGCCCUACCUGGACCCUUCAGCUGUUCACCCAAACCCUGUUCUGUACAGGAAGUUACAGGAGACCAGACACCUGCCCAUCACUGAACAGGAUCUGGAGUAUCUGAGUGAAGGUCUGGAGGGGCGGUCAGGAAACCCUGUAGCGGUGCUGUUUGACACCCUGCUGCACCCCAAUGCGGAUUUUGGCUACGAGUUUCCCCCUGUGCUACAGUGGAGAAGAGACAAGCAGCAGCACCUCCCUCACCUGGUGCUGGGCAGGGCAACGCCUGGAGGGGCCUGGCACGUGAUGGAGGGCUCCAUGCUGACCAUCAGUCUGGGCAUCUGGAUGGAACUGCCAGGGAUCAACUACCGAGACCUGACUAACAAUGGCAAAUGCAGGGGCGUGACCAACGACCGGGCCACUCCAGAGGAGAUCUCGUCUUACUACCGUAACUAUGUCAAGCUGAUGGGCCUGAAGCAGAACUUUGUUGACAACACCUACGUGACCUCUGUGCAGAAACUUUUCCGUGGACCCGAGGGGGAGGGUCUAGAGAAUGGCCAUGGAGAGUUGGGGGUGGGGGGAAAGGGGGUGUACGAGGGGAGGGAGGGUGAAGGUGUAGACGAAGGGGGAGGUGGGGGCCUGUGGGAGGUGAGGGGGUACCAGCGGGUGCAGGGCGACACCCACGUUCCCUUCUGCCUGUUUUCUGAGAAUGUAGUUCUGGCCACGGGCGCGUCUGAUUCGCCAGCUCAGCUGGGUGUGGAGGGGGAGGAGCUUCCCUUCGUGUUCCACAGCAUCUCUGCCCUGGGAUUGGCUGUGAGCCGGAAGAAGCUUGGGCCAAACUCUGAUCCGGUGCUGAUUGUGGGGGCGGGGUUAAGCGCGGCGGAUGCGGUUUUGUGCGCUUGUAACAACAACAUUUCCGUGCUGCAUGCUUUCCGCAAACACGUAGACGACCCAGGCCUCAUCUUUAAACAGCUACCCAAGACCCUCUACCCAGAAUACCACAAGGUCUACCACAUGAUGCACUCCCAGACCCACGCAACACCAAACAUGGCUGCCACCUCCACCACCAAUGGCCUUCCCAGCAUGGCCGCCUCAGUCUGCUCCAAGAUGUGCUCCAAGCCCCAACCCACCACAACUAACAUGGCCGCCAGUGGUGGUCCCGUUCUGUUCCCUGACUACACCAGCUUCCCAGAGCACUGCGUGGAGUCCUUCCAGCCAGACAUGAAGUGUGUCCUGCAGGGGAGCAACUCCCUCAAGGCCUUUAAGAUCUCCAUGGCCCUGGUGUUGAUCGGCACCCAUCCCAACCUGUUCUUCCUCAAGGGCCAGGGCCAGUACCUGGGACUGGACCCCACCAAACCCAUCUCCUGCAAGCAGAACCCUGUGGAUGUACACCCCUACACCUUCGAGUGCACCAAGGACCCAGGACUGUUCGCCAUGGGCCCGCUGGUGGGAGACAACUUUGUUCGCUUCCUAAAGGGCGGUGCUCUAGGCAUUGCCUCCUGCCUGCUCAAGAGACUGAAGAAGAAAGGCAAGCUGAUCACAGAAGGGGGAGGAGUAGGAGGAGGGGAGUUUAUCUAGGUGAAGUGUGGAUGGAGAGGCACGAGGUGGUGAAUGAGUUGGAAGGGAGAGAAAGAGAGGAGGAAGAGGCAUCUUUAUUUAAGCGAAGGGAGAAAGGAGGGGAAGGAGGUGGAGAAAGGGAGGAGAGGAAGGAGGAAGAGGUUCAUCUUAGUAAAAAUAGCUACUAUAACCAAUGGAGUUCUGAGUUAAAAGGGCAAAGCCAAACAGUACAUUUUUUUAUAUUUUAUUGUUUGCAGUGGACAUGCCUAUUUGAACUCUGAAGCUUUCUUACCACUUCUGAGAGAACUGAAAACAAUGGAAGUGGAGGCAGGCUAGUUACAGUUCAUGACCAGGUUCAGCCCACCAUCCAUUACAGCUCCACUGUUCUGGUUUCUGCUGGGAAGCUGUCACAGGGUUUAAUGUCCUCUAUCCAGAAAUCCAACCUGCAGUGUGACAUGUUUUUUAGAGUCAUAUUUGUGACAUUUUGUAAUGUCUUGAGUUUUAGUUAUUUGCUCACCUUGUCUUUCAUGCAAGUGCAUUUUCUGAUUUCUUAUCUACUUUAAACAAUUGUCCUACUAUUUCUCUGAUGGCCUUCACCACGCAGUGGACUGUGAACCACUACAACUCCCCUUUAAAGCCUCAAGGAAAUGGAACUUUGUAGAGACAGGCCCAUAGCUGCUAUAGUGUUCCUGCCAUCAUCUCAAUUCUGAGUUUCUCAUCAGUGCCAAGCUACAGACCCCAAGCAGUAUCUGGCAGACCAGGAUGUAAUGGGAACGUUAAAGUAACAGAUGAAUAACAGAUGAAUCAAAAACCCCAUCACCAUCCUAAUCAGACGAAGUAGAACUAACUCACUAUGGUUGGAGCGCUCCACUUAACGCUUUUCCUACGCAAACCCUUCCACUUACACACCUGACCUGAAUGUAUUCUGGAUCAGAUAACUCAUUGCUAACUUACUGUACAUGUCAGCCUGAUUUCAAACAAUGGGGCAUAAGAGUUCUCUAUUGAUGUUAGACCAUAACAAAAUGCCAAAUAGUGUUUUUUAGACACACUGAAGUCAUGCAGAUGCGCGUGACUCUUGGCCGCAGUAAGAAAGCCAUCGCCAUCUGCAUCCAUUCAACAUAGCCUAGAUUUACGAUAUUACUCACAACAAAAUAACUUUUUGGGGUCUCAUAUGCUUACCGUGAUGUUUUGAUUCUAUCUGGAACAGUCGCUAAGAUUAUAUCUGGUUGUGAUCUUUGAAAAAUAACUAUUUAACGCUCAUUGACAUAGGAUACAGCAAAAGCUAGCUAAAUAGCUAUUUUACUGGUUGAAGUUGAAGUGUUUUUUAAGUAUAAUGCAGUUGAUUUGGGAUAACACAAACAUUAUAUUAAGAAGGACAUUCAUACGAACUUUAAAAUCCAAUUAUAAUCCAAAAGUAGUGUGAAAUGCACUCAUAAGUAACAUCUAAAUAUAGGCUUUUUUGCUGACACCAAUUUGCAGCAAUGUUAACACAGAAAGGGGUCUAUAAAAUACUACUAGUCGACGACUCCUGAUAAGUGUACAUUGGAUAAAGUCAUAAUGACUAUGUUAAAUGCACAUUUUCUGGUUGCCAUUAUGGAGUAAAUAUUAUGCCUGUGGCUCUGAUUCCAGGUCCGUAUAGUAUUCUCUGUGACAUUUCUCAUACCAUGUCACUUUCACACAGCCAUCAUACGCCUCAUGUGUUUGUUGUGCCAAAUACCUGUUACUGUAUGUAAAGCUGUGAGGACUGAGGGUGGAGUUUCAUUCAUUUAUUGAACCAGUCAGUCGCCUUUAGAAUGUGUGUAUUCAUAUGCAGUUUAUUUCCGCAUGCAGUCAUCCUCAAGACUGAAGCUGCUUGCAGAAAAGAAGAAAAAAAUGAAAAAUUGUGGAAUUGGGAUAAAAUAUAUAUUGUUGACAAGAUCAGCAAACUGAAAAUGUAUGGACAGUUCCUGGUCAAUAUGCUGUAUUCCAAACUAACCAGCCCUUAAGCACUACAUCCAGACCUGAAAAGAUGAAUCAGUGGAUAGGUAUAAUUGUAAGGGGGUGGUAGUCACUCAACCUUGCCCCCAGAUAGGCCAUCAGUUUAUGGCUAAUUACACCUACAUGUCCAAUCUACACAGUAGGUGCCUUGAUGAGAAGGGUUAACUAGGGGUUGAUUAAUAAGAAAAGGAAACAGCAGGUUCCCCAACCCCUGGGGUCUAACCAGGGUUUUCUACAACUGUCUUACAACACAUAACCCACGGUCUUCUCCUGUUCACAACAGACAGACGCUGCUUUGUGCAUGGUAGA